AUAGUGGACGGUGUGCAGUUUAGUAAAGUUUUGUGGGAUUACCGAGGACAUUUAAUUCUUGUGUGCAUUCAGAUACCUAAUAAACAACCAGGAUAUUUAAUAAAGAACAGUGUUAAACUGCUGAAAGAGGUGAAGCACAAGCCAUCCAGAAGAAUCUCCUGAAAACGCAGAAAUUGUUUGCUACAUUUCACAGACAGAUGGAGCCAAGUCCCGACAUGGAGAAACAUCUGCACUCUGUCAAGAGUUUUACUAAACAGAGUGCUCUCAAAAAACACCAGCGCAUUCACACAGGAGAGAAACCGUAUCACUGCUCAGACUGUGGGAAGAUUUUUACUACCCAGAGUUUUCUCAAAAUACACCAGCGCAUUCACACAGGAGAGAAACCGUAUCACUGCUCAGACUGUGGGAAGAGUUUUACUGAACAGAGUAGUCUCAAAAAACACCAGCGCAUUCACACAGGAGAGAAACCGUAUCACUGCUCAGACUGUGGGAAGAGUUUUACUGAACAGAGUAAUCUCAAAAUACACCAGCGCAUUCACACAGGAGAAAAAACGUAUUACUGUUUCGACUGUGGGAAGAGUUUUACUCAACAGAGUCAUCUCAAAAAACACCAGCGCAUUCACACAGGAGAGAAACCGUAUCACUGCUCAGACUGUGGGAAGAGUUUUACUAAACAGAGUAAUCUCAAAAAACACCAGCGCAUUCACACAGGAGAGAAACCUUAUUACUGCUCAGACUGUGGGAAGAGUUUUACUGGACAGAGUACUCUCCAAAUACACCAGCGCAUUCACACAGGAGAGAAACCGUAUUACUGUUUCGACUGUGGGAAGAGUUUUAAUCAACAGAGUACUCUCAAACUGCACCAGCGCAUUCACACAGGAGAGAAACCGUAUUACUGUUUCGACUGUGGGAAGAGUUUUAAUCAACAGAGUACUCUCAAACUGCACCAGCGCAUUCACACAGGAGAGAAACCGUAUUACUGUUUCGACUGUGGGAAGAGUUUUACUCAACAGAGUAAUCUCAAAAUACACCAGCGCAUUCACACAGGAGAGAAACCGUAUCACUGCUCAGACUGUGGCAAGAGUUUUACUACACAGAGUAAUCUCAAAAAACACCAGCGCAUUCACACAGGAGAGAAACCGUAUCACUGCUCAGACUGUGGAAAGAGUUUUACUUUACAGAGUGAACUUAUAUUACAUCAGUGCAUUCACAAAAGAUAGAAAAGUAUCCCAAAUCUGUUCCUCUGCCAUAAAAAAUGCAAACCUUAAAUCUUUCAGACAGCCAAAAACACCUCAUCAUGCACAAAAUCUUCACUCUGUUACAAGAACUUCAUUUAAAAAUGGCUUUUUACAGGUUCAGAAAAAUGAAUCUUAUCCAGAGAUGAUGUUUACUGAAUUUCAUGCUGUGUUUUUAUGUAUGUUUGUAUACCUACAUUAGUUAAUGCCUGCAGAGCUCUUCAACACUUAGUGUUGUGUUUUAAGAGGUUUUUACACAAAAAAAAACGGUCUAGCUGUAGUUUCCAUACUGAAAACAACACUCAGCAGGCUAUGCAGCAGUAAGACUGCAGGAUCCUUGAUUCCCUCUACUGCACAUGUGUCAAACACAAGGCCCGCGGGCCAAAUGUGGCCACAUCCAAGCGAGAGCUUGUAAGAUCUUAGUGUCUAUAAUAAAUAGGUCAGAAGCGUUCUUUGACCAAAAACUACAUUUCCCACAAUGCUUGUCGAUUGUAUUACCCGCGAAGUUACGGCUUACUGCCACUACACGGCAGUGUAGUCAUUGAUGUGGAAACCCUGCCGGAGGGAAGGCGUAACUUCGCGGGUGGAAUUGAGACAUACAAACGUUUAUCCCAUAAUGUCCAGAAAAAGAGAAGCUGAUGCAGACGGACGGCUGUGCUUCAAGGCGAAAGACCGGUAUGCCUUUUGUGUUACGAAGAGUGUUACUGACCAAAAUAAACGCUUGUUAGGAGAGAUAUAAGUUCUGUGUAAAUAUUUAUAAGACAAUAACUGACAAAAUCUGUUUUAAUGACGUUAAUAAACAUCACUGUGACAGCGCUAGUCACAGUUUCACCUCAGCAAAGGAGGAGCACGUGAAUCACUUAUCUAACCAGCCUUUACUGAUUUCUGCCCCCAAUAACCCUUUCAAUAACCUCCAAUAGCCUUUAAUUAGUCUUCAGUAGCCUUCAACAGUCUAACCUUGCAGCCGUGGUGUGUCCACUAAACUCCGUAGUUAUAAACAUCCUGAGGUUAGCAGCGCGCUAACUGACCUGUUUAUAAUGUAAUCCGAGCAGUGACUCCGGGAUGGCUGCGCUAAACUGCUGCUAUUAGCUGCUUGGGCUGAAAGAUGAACUGUAGAGAGCUGUAUUAUCCGGUUAGUGGGGUUAAAAAUCUUUAUUUUCUACACAGAAGAAUUUUAAAAACUGUAAAAACGCUCCAGACUGCCUCAGCUGAGCCCUGUAGCCCGUGGCUGGGCUGUAGCUCUGACUCAGUAAAGACUGCGGGCUUGUGCUGCUGCUGCUGCUCCGACUAGUGGUUGUAUGAGGAACUGCUAAAUCUGAGGAAAUGCUAAAUCUAUCACAUGUUCUUAACAGCUCACAAUUUUUAAUUUUAUAUUUAUUAAGCCUUAUUUCAGUAUCAAACGUUUUGAUCAAAGUUAAUAUAACUUGUAUUUUAUGUCAUUCCUAUUCACUUGACUAGUUUGGUUCUUGAUUGAUGGAGUUUUUGGAUUUCAUAACAUGACAAAUUAAAAGGAUUUAUGUUAAUAGAGCAACAAGCAAACAUUUUUUCCAUGCAACUGUAAUAUUUGAUUGAAUAAAUAGUAUAUUGAGAGUUAUUUAACAUUAAGGAGUAAUUACAUUCAUUUUAUAUUACAUUUGGUUACAUUUUAUUACAUUUAUAAGUUACAUCUGGCCCUCAGUGGACAGCCAAUAUGCCAAUGUGGCCCUCGGCCAAAAUGAGUUUGACACCCCUGCUCUACUGGUUUUCUCAUUGGUCUAUGGUUCAGUCAGUCUGAUUAAAAAUCUGCAAGUUAAUCUACAGGGAUAUUUGGUUGUGUUGUGUUGCUAAAGUUAUAUACUCUGUUAUCUUUUCCUUAUUUGGUAUCGUUUUGCUAAAGGGUUUUUUUAUAUCUCUAAAGGUACUAAAAAUAUCUAAUCCAUUUACUUUAUUGAUUGUUUUAUCCAGUACCAGCUAUUAUCGUUGUUUUACAUCACCUUAUGUAUUUACUCAUAUUCAUAUCUAUGUGAUUCAAUAAAAGGCUUUUAUAUUGCAAGAUCUGCAAUCUUAUCUAUUCUUUCAACUUAAGCAUUUAGCCAAAAGCUUUUGUACACAGCCAAACAUACAUUCAAGCAACCACUAUAUACAGUGCCUUGCAAAAGUAUUCGCCCCCCCCCCCCUUGAACUUUUCAAACUUUUGCCACAUUUUGGGCUUCAAACAUAAAUAUAUGAUUUUUUUGUUUGUUUUUUUUGUGAAGAAUUAACAAGUGUGUAAGAAUACGGAGGAGUUUUGCCUUACUAUGUUCAUUGUUCAUUGAUUAAAGGGUUAAUCUGUGUGUAACUAAAUCAGCAUUUCACUUAAUCAGUAUGUUAUUCAAGCAUUUAGCACGAUUCAUGAUGAUUCACAUUGUGACUUAGAAUGUAUGUAUAUUGUGUCCUUGUGCUCAAAGCAAGGCCGUUUUUCUUGCAACUUAGCAUGAUUGAUUUUUUCCAGCAGAACCAUGAGUUUCUGUACAUGUAAUCUAUAGUCUGAUAAGGUUGGGGUGACCGAGUUCUCGGCUGACGUAUAGGAUGAAUAACUGCUUAUCAGUAUCAGGAUCCGGGGGGUGUGAGGAGCCUCCUCACACACUAUUAGACUGAGGCCAGGCGAAUGCCUGUAUUUAUUAGACUCUGUCUAGGAAGAAGAGUAGAGUUGGGCGGGAGAGCUUCUCCCGAGAGGGACUACAGAGCCACAGGUCCUGUUCACACAGCCGAGAACUCUGGAAACCCCAACUUUUCUCACCUUUGGGGUUUUCCUCUUAUUUUCACCUUUUUAUUUCAAUUCAUUUUUCAAUAAUCUUUUUACUCAAUUUUUGAUGUAUCCAAAAAAACUGUUUUGCUCAGAAGAUUCUUUGAAUAAAAUCUGACGGAACUACAA